AUGUCCGAAAAGUCACGAAACGGAGGUGAAUCAGCUCCAAGGAUAUUCACUCUGAAAACUGCUGACUGGACUGUCUGUAGGCCUGUGCUGCUUGUCGACAGAAGAAACUUCGAUGCGAUGGCGCUUCACCCCGAUGUGCAAGAUGUUCACGGCAAGGAAUUGAAUGCGAUUAUCCAAGUCGUCGAAUGCGCGGCCCAAACAAGAGGUAGGUCCAAUGGAGAAAAAGAUAGAUCGCAAUAUGUAAAGGACCUUGAACUGCAGGUUCAGCGGCUUGGAGGUGAUGUCCGUGAAUCCAGGGGAGCAUCGUCAGACACAGCGCCCGCCUCUUCACGCCCCCGGAUAGGUAACACAUUCCAACUCUCUUUGUAUUUAGAUAAGGACAAUACCUCUUCGUUUCCCUUAGAAACGAACAGUACCGGAACGGUUCGGCAGGCUACCUCUUCGAAAGUUCCCCUCCCUUUCUUUCACCAAGCAGAACGAUCCGUGGCUCAGUCAAUAGCAGGCAUCAGACAUGGCAAACUCAACAUGCAAAUAUUUGCGGACGUUUUCGCGUUUGAUGUCAAUGUCGGGCUGGUAAAAUCAUCCUUUGAGGAGAUUAUUGAAGUAUACCCUUUCUUCACAAUACCUGACCCAGAGGUGUUGAAGGUCCUAGAGUCAGAGGCCAGCACACAAGCAUCAAGGAACUUGGCCAUCACCAACUCCUUGCUAGCCCUCACCGUUCAGUUCAAGGUGGCAAACGAACACAUAGGCGAACUUCUCCCCAUUGCGUGGGCUCGAUUCAAAAGCUCGUAUGCAAGGCUCUCUCAACUUAUCACCCAACCGCCUUGCAUCUCUACAUGUCAAGAGCUUUUAUAUAUGGUCAUGUUCUUGCAAGGGUUCGCCGACGUACGAACCUCUCACCAGCUUUCAUCUAUAGCUGUCACUGUUAUUCGAACGAUUACCUCGUCGAGCCACAGCAUCUCCAAUGUAUCCAUAGAGGAUACCCUCAUACUGUGGGGCGCGUUCAGUCUCCACGUGGAAAUAUCUCUUCGGUGUGGCAUUGCGCCCUCUAUUCGUGAGAUUGACUUCCAAGUGCCGCCCCCAAGUAGAGAUGCGUUGGUCAACUGCACCAACGAAUUCGCACCAAAAGGUUACGCCGAACAUAUGGUAGCCCGAGCAGAGCUUUCUCUUAUUCAGUCAAACAUAGCCGAUCUUGAUACAGACAUCACUCCAAAUCAUACAUCGCUGGAAGAAGACCUCAACUCAUGGGCAACUAGGACUUUCGGUGACACCGACCUAGAAUCCGAGGAAUCGCUCUCAUUUCCGACUCUGACUCUCAGAUUCGUGUACUACCACUCGAGAUUUAGAUUGGCACGAAUCAGUCAGCGCUCCCCUGAGGCCGGCAUAACAUUUGCCCAGUCUACACUUCGGCUACUACAGCAUGUUCCCAACCAACAGUAUUUGACUGUCUGGCGAAUCCUAGUUUAUCCAAUCUGGGCAUCUCUUGCGCUCCUCGAGGAUACACUGAAAGUACCGGAUGGCUCACGGGCAUGCACGAAUAGUCAGCUCAUUCAAACUCUAUAUAAUUUCUUGGAAAGUACACAAAGAUCACAGCAUUGCGAUUUAGGAUAUAUGGUGGAGGGGUUGUCGAAGAUAUCUGCUCUAGCAACGGCUGCUCUGCCCGGACAGCAAAUUGAGAACACUCCUACAACUUCUUAUAGUAGCGAUGGAAGGCCCUUGAAGAUUCUUCAAUUUCUUGGCCAGUACAAAGAUUUCAUGCCCCUGGCGCAGGGCCUCAUUGGAAACAUGCUAGAGCCAUCCAUUCGGGAAUUCUCAAACUUACUUGGUAUCGACGUCCCAUCAGGUGAAGAUUUCGGACCGUUCGUCCCCGAAAUUCUAAAGCCGGAGUUAUAUAAUUUUGCAUUCGAAUACAUUCGUUGA